AUGGCGAUCAUCAGCCUUAAGACCUAUGCCGCCGUCUCCACGGUUUUGGCGGCGGGUGUGGUUGUCAAGGCAUUCCAUGAAAGACCGAACUUCUAUUCGGCAUCCGUGUAUCUGGCACAGAGCAAUGCUUGUUUAAUGAUCUUGACCAAUGUGCUCCUGCUCUGCAUAUAUGGGGUGAUGAGCUCCCUGCAGAAGCUCCUCUUUGGUCCCCUCCGCCAUAUCGAACGCGAGCAGCUGUACGAACGAGGAUGGAUGGCUCUCACCGAGACGUGCCUCGCCAUGGCAACAUUCCGAGACGACAUUGGCGGAUGGUUCCUGUUCAUGUGUGUAGCGCUCCUCAUUGGGCGGAUCUGGUGCUGGCUGGGCGAGGCUCGCGUCGAAUAUCUAGAACAGCAGCCCCCUGCAAACCCGCGCCUAUACCAUGCUCGACUGGCGACGUCCCUUACCAUCUCGAUAUUGUAUGACGCUGCGAUGCUUCGAUAUUGUAUCGAUACCGUGCUAGACGAAGCGAGGCCCGGUAUGAUGGUUAUGUUCGGGUUUGAGUUCGCCGUCUUGACGAUCGGCUCGACAUCGACGAUGCUCCGAUAUAUGAUCUCGUUGAAAGAGCAGCAGGUUAUUCGACAACAAAUCACGGCUCGGCAAGAAGCACGUCUAAGGGAGGCACAACAAAGGACCGAUCGAGCAAGCCAGCCAGAUGGUAGUGCACAAGCGCAUGCUACUAAUGCGGAUGUGGAUGAGGACGAGUUUGAGCCAGUUUGGGAAGAAAAGGGACGAUGGGUUUUCGCCCUGGACCUUGCAACUGAAUUUUUCAAGUUAAUCAUUUACCUGGCCUUCUUCAUCAUCCUUAUCGCCUUCCACGGCAUUCCGAUUCACAUCAUCCGAGACGUGGCAGUGACAGCGAACAACUUCGCCAAGAAGAUCAGCGAUUUCAUCAAAUACCGCCAAGCGACCCGGGACAUGAAUUCACGGUAUCCCGAUGCGACGGCAGAGGAGCUAGCGGGCGCCGAUACUUGCAUUAUCUGCCGGGAGGACAUGCGCCCAUGGACAGGCGAAGGCCAAGGAGCGGGAGCUGCCGGAGAGCAAAAUCGGGCUGAACAACCACCCCGAGACCAGCGUUUCAGGGCGAAGAAGCUGCCGUGUGGGCAUAUCCUUCACUUUGGAUGUUUGCGAAGCUGGCUUGAGCGGCAACAAGCAUGUCCCAUUUGUCGCCGACCGGUGCUAACCAGCACAUCACAAACUCCAGGCACUGGCGGUGGUGUCGCUCCGAACCAGAGACAAGAUAACGCGCACAACAACCAAGCGGGAAAUCAGGAGCAAAAUCGACCUCGAGUACGGACCUACCGUUUCGGACCUCUCCGGCUUGUGCUUGGGACUGCACCGGCGAACGGUGUGGGAAAUUUGAUGCAACAAUUAGGGAAUCCAGACAACCAGGACGCCGCAGCCAACAAUGCUGCUGGGGGGCAACCUGCAACUCAGAAUCCAACUGGAGCGGUUCCGACGGUGAACCGAACGUUAAUUCGAGCCCAGCUCUGGCACCUCGAGCAUCGUAUCAAUCAGGAAAUUGCGGCGCUGAACCUUACUCGACAGCAGUUGACAACUGUUCGUCAUCUGCAAGAUGAACUCGAAAGACUAAGGCAGACAAACCAACCAGGGCAAACCGGGAUGCAACAAGGUCUUGGGCUACCACCUCCUCCGACACACCCAGUACCAAACACGGUCCCGACACCUCCGCCACCUGGUAUUUCCCCAGUUCAACAUCCCUUUACUGGCCUCCCGAAUGCACAAGAGUAUACCCAUGCGAAUGCUAGUGCCGCGAUCCCUGGCGUUGCUAUCCCUGAAGGAUGGUCGAUCAUUCCACUUCAUCGGCUUCCGCAACCAUCUACAACAUCCCAUCCUAACUUACCCACUGGUUUCCGCUCCCCAUCUCCAGCGCCUGCAUUUACACCCAUCAACCCCGUCACGCACCAUUUAGCGGCAUCAAAUUCGUUUCGAACCCCAUCACACCUGAACCAUACAGGACAUACCCCUCCGGGUUCUCUCCGCGGACCAAGUCCGGCCCGUUCUCACCAUGAUAACCCUUCCACUCUUGCAGCGUUUCAAGCACCGCAGCAAAGUCUACAUUCGUCCCAUUCUUCUUCAGCGCCUCAAACACAGACGCCCCAGUCAGCACUGCCUCCCAAUCCUUCUCCGACAGCCACCAUUCCUUCGGUAGUUGGACCGAGCGAGAGCACUGGCGAUGGCAACCCCACGCAUUCGAAUCCCGAAAUCCCCGAUCCCUCUCUCUCUCAUCAAGGAGCAAGACGGACCCAAUUGACGAGUCAGGCGGAAGAACAGUCUCGCCACCAGCACUUGAACCCCACGCCGACUCCGACUUUAACACAUCCACCCGAAUCAACCAGCGAGACUGUGCAACCCGAGCCUACAUCAAUCGCGGCGCCCCUGCAACCGGAAUCCAACAUGAAUCCAUUCGCCAUUCCCACAAGACCGCAGAGUAAUUCGCGGUGGAAUUUCGACAGCGCGAUGAGGCGCGUUGGAACGCCGCCGGGCUAUAGGGUUCGUCCUACUGCACAAGCAGCAGCUCCGGAGAGCAGCGGCUCCCAGGGAGACCGUACGAAUGACGCUCCAGAGCCCAUUGAACCUGAUGAACGGCAGAGGAAAGGCAAAGGCAAAGCGGCUUCGGUUGAAGAUGCUAAUGAAGAGGGGUGA